GGUCGCUACACGUUGUGUUCUAUGGAUAUUCGUUUUAGUAGUCAAACUGACGGACGGGUAACGUCGCGCCCGACGCGACGGCAUCUUUGUAUUCGUCUACUAAAAUGGACAUGGAAACAGUUGAAAAACUCAUCGAAAGUGUUCGAGGCCACAUUUUUUUGUAUGAUGUUUGCCAUCCCCAAUACAAAAAUGCGAGCCUAAAAUCAGCUAUUUGGGAAUCAAUAGGAAAGGAGCUCAAUGAAAGUGGUGAAGCCGUGAGGAGUAAAUGGAAGACUGUAAGAGAUGGCUACACCAAAUAUAAAAAACAACUGAGAAGUUCAACAGGUUCCAGCAGAAAAAAUAUCAGUUAUACUUGGGCAUCACAACUCGAGUUCUUAGACAGUUUUUAUGCACAACGAGCGUCUUCUUCAAACGACUCAAUAGAUUAUACGCAACUGUUUCCACUUACUAAAACUCUUACACUAGAUUCUGACAAGUCACAAUCAACAUCGUCAUCAUCACAAGUUCCGCCAUCUCAGGCCCUGCUUCCAGAAUCGCCAGCUACACCUACAGCAUCAACAUCAAGAGUUUUCUAUCGCAAUAAGAGACGAUCAUCAGAGAUCAGAAGAAAUGAUGUUGGCAGAGUGUUGCAAUUUUUAAAUGCAAAAAAGCAAAAAGAGCACGAUGUCAUCGAUAAUUUAUUUCUAAGUUACGCUGACACAUUCAAAAAAUUUCCACCGCGAGAGCAAGCUAUCGUCAAAUUGGAAUUAGCCAAAUUGUUUUCGAAUACCGAAUUACAGUUGCUCAACAGUCAAAAUAACUCAUCAAUAACUCAAAAAUAACGACUGCGACAUUUUUAAGUAGGCAACAACUGAAUGGGAUUCCAGUUCCCGACAGAGUCUGUGAUAUUUCCGAUAUUCAUGACGCUUUUCAUUUAUAUCAUCCUCAUCUGAAUCACUCGGCAUCUUGUUUCAAAAUGCUAGAAAAACCGAUUGUGACGGGUCGGCCGACGCGACGCUGGCAUCAUCAUCUCCGCAGUGUGACAUCCACGCUGCGUCGCCCGCGCCAUAACGUCCGCUGUUUGACCAAACCUUUAUGUAUUCAUAAAUCUGAAGAAGUAUUUUUGUAAUAAUCUAUGUAAUCUGUCCCUUUUGAUCACAGCGUUGGCACAUUUUGACAGAAAGAGAUAAAAAUAUAUUAAAAUAAGGAGUAUUCAUUCAAACGUACAAGUAGCGGCACGAAACUCUAGCGCUGACCGUUAUUGCGCAGAAGUAAAAAAAUAAGGUGCCUGAGGGGGGCUAGCGGAAUGAAGAGCGUCGAUUGGCUCUCCAGUCGCAUUCCGGCCCCCGCACCACAGUACACAUGCGCAGCAAUCCCCUCCCCGUAUCGGCCAGCGCUAGACUUACGUGCCGCUGCCUAUACUAGUUAAGUUUAGGUUACCUAAUAGGAUCAUUCCAUAGUAGUUCCCAAGCUAUCGAGCUCUGCUCUGACGGACGUGGCAAAGGAACCGGAACUUUAUCAAUGGCUGAUAUAAGAGGGCACACCCAUGGUGGUGGGAUACCACCAUGACAGCAAAAUACCUGGGUAAAAAAGAAAUAAUAGUUUAAAAUAAACGAUUGUAUCUGUUUUAGUUUAGUUUUUCAUCGACUUGUUCCUAGAUUCCUAUUACGGGCAAUAAUUACAAUUUAGAAGAUUAUUAUCAAUUUAUAAAAAAUAAUGUGGGCUUCUAAGCAGGUAAUAAGUAGACAGUCGACAAUCAGCCGAGUGGAGUGGAGUGGAGUCAGCAAGGUUAAGGGAAUCAAGAUAAAAACCAAUAUCGACUAUAACAGUGUGUAUUACAGACUAUUAUAGUGUGUAUUUUUUAUCGAUCUCCCUUUCUCACUCUCUCUCAAUCGGUAAUAGCUCUCUUCCUUUUCUUCGGCAAAAACGCUGCACAUCUUCGUGACGUUUCAUCCGUAAUAAUUUUACCCUCAUGCGCCUAAAGAAGUUUCACUUUAAAAAGAUAAAUGAUUUUAGCCUGCGAAUUUUUAAGACCAACUGUUUGAUAAUAAGUUAAAAAAUAUAUAUCUCUCAGCAGG